UUAAUUGAUUAAUUGUGAAAGUUGAGAGAGAAGAGAUGAAGUUCGAAGUCAAACAAGAGUGACCCCCUGGCCGAUGAAAAUUCAUGUUCUUGUGUUCGAUAAUGCAGAAUUCGAUCCACUGUGGAAGUAUGUUCAGAUUUGGGUUUCUGUUUCUGAUUUUGAUCCCAACGCUUCUACCCGUGGCUUUCUCUAAGCACGAAGCUAUAGAAGCUGUGCUCCAGCGGUUGGACUCCAAACGGGUCCCUGCAUCAGUGCAAGAGGCCGCAGCUAGGGAUCUUCUGAGAAGAUUGUUUCCUUCCCAUUUAUCCAGUUUUGAGUUCGAAAUAGUCUCUAAGGAUGCUUGUGGAGGGGAGAGUUGCUUUCUGAUAAACAAUCACGACCACUCUAGCCAGAAUGGGCCUGAGAUUACGAUUAGAGGAACCACUGCAGUUGAAAUUGCAUCUGGCCUUCAUUGGUAUCUUAAAUAUUGGUGUGGUGCUCAUGUUUCAUGGGACAAGACUGGUGGCAUUCAGACAGCUUCAAUCCCUAAGCCUGGGUCACUGCCCCCUUUGAAAGAUGAGGGUCUGAUGGUUAAACGCCCGGUUCCAUGGAACUAUUACCAGAAUGUUGUGACAUCUAGCUAUUCCUAUGUUUGGUGGGACUGGGAGAGGUGGGAGAAAGAGAUAGACUGGAUGGCACUUCAAGGAGUUAACCUACCCUUAGCAUUUACUGGGCAGGAAGCAAUCUGGCAAAAAACUUUUAAGGAUUUUAAUGUUAGUUCUGGAGAUUUAAAUAACUUUUUUGGUGGACCUGCUUUUCUUGCCUGGGCUCGCAUGGGCAAUUUACAUGGGUGGGGUGGGCCUUUAUCACAAAAUUGGCUAGAUCACCAAUUGGCCUUGCAGAAACAGAUAAUCUCUCGAAUGCUGGAUUUGGGCAUGACUCCAGUGUUGCCAUCAUUCUCUGGUAAUGUUCCAGCAGCUUUGACGAAGAUAUUUCCCUCUGCAAAAAUAACCAGACUUGGUGACUGGAACACCGUUGAUGGUGACCCUCGCUGGUGUUGUACAUACCUUCUAGAUCCCUCUGAUCCUCUUUUUGUUGAAAUUGGCGAAGCUUUUAUCAGGCAACAAAUCAAAGAAUAUGGGGAUGUAACGGACAUCUACAACUGUGAUACGUUUAACGAGAACUCUCCACCAACCAGUAAUCCAGCAUAUAUCUCAGAUCUUGGAGCUGCUGUAUAUGAGGCAAUGUCCAAAGCUGAUAAGGAUGCUGUGUGGUUAAUGCAAGGUUGGCUUUUCUACUCGGAUUCAUCAUUUUGGAAGCCUCCUCAGAUGGAAGCACUUUUACAUUCUGUUCCAUUUGGGAAGAUGAUCGUUCUUGAUCUAUUUGCUGAUGUCAAACCAAUAUGGAAAAGUUCAUUUCAGUUUUACGGUACUCCUUAUAUCUGGUGUAUGUUACAUAAUUUUGGUGGUAAUAUUGAAAUGUAUGGCCUUUUGGAUUCAAUAUCUUCAGGACCUAUUGAUGCUCGUGUCAGCGAAAACUCAACCAUGUUGGGAGUUGGUACGUGCAUGGAAGGAAUAGAGCAGAACCCUGUUGUCUAUGAGCUGAUGUCAGAGAUGGCAUUCCGUGAAGAUAAAGUUCAAAUUCUGGAUUGGCUCAAGGGCUAUUCCAAGAGACGAUAUGGUAAAGCAAAUAAUCAAGUUGAGGCAGCUUGGGAGAUUCUUUAUCAUACCAUAUACAACUGUACGGAUGGAAUUGCUGACCAUAACCAUGAUUUUAUUGUAAUGCUUCCUGACUGGGAUCCUUCAAAUCUCCAGAAGAUUGAUUUCUUGCCCCUUGGAAAUAGAAGAUUCUUGUCCCAGGUGACAAAGUCUGAUAUGCCACAGGCUCAUUUGUGGUAUCCUACUGAAGAGGUAACCAAAGCUUUAAAACUAUUCCUUGGUGCUGGGAAGGAUUAUGCUGGAAGCCUUACAUAUAGGUAUGACUUGGUCGACUUAACACGACAAGUACUGUCGAAAUUGGCAAAUCAAGUAUACAUUAAGGCAAUUACAUCAUUUCAGAAAAAGGAUAUCGAUGCUUUGAGCUAUUACAGCAAUAAGUUCCUUGGUUUGAUAAAGGAUAUUGACCUACUGCUUGCCUCUGAUGAUAACUUCCUACUUGGAACUUGGCUUGAGAGUGCCAAAAAACUGGCACUGAAUCCAAGUGAGUUGAAACAGUAUGAAUGGAAUGCCAGGACGCAAGUGACAAUGUGGUUUGACACUAAUCAAACUACUCAGAGCAAGCUUCACGACUAUGCUAACAAGUUUUGGAGCGGACUCCUCGAAGGCUAUUAUCUCCCUCGAGCUUCAACCUAUUUCGGUCAUUUGUCAAGAAGCUUGAAACAGAAUGAGAAGUUCAAGUUGCAGGAAUGGCGAAAAGAAUGGAUUUUACAGUCAAACGCAUGGCAAGAAGGUAACGAGCUUUACCCUGUAGAGGCCAGAGGAGAUGCUCUUGCCAUCUCCAAGGCAUUGUAUGAAAAAUAUUGUGGGCAAUAAUUUAAACGCUAAAUCACAGAAUUACGAGUUAUCAAUUCGGCGUACCAUUUGCGCUUUCAGAUUGUUGUUCGUACUCAAAAUAAUACCGAAGCCUGCAUAUUUUCGGACUCUGUUUCUUGUGUUUUGCUGAUUUAUGUAAUUAUUUUGCCUAUGUCUAUUGGAUGAAGUUAUAUGGCAUUCAAUCUCCAACGACUCCAAGGAGUGAAUCUUUGGAUUAA